UUUGGACCUGCAGAGUGUGAAACAAAAUUGACAGUCUGCAUCCUAACUGAAGGUGCAUGCGUUUAUAAUAUGCUGGUUUUAUUUGUGCAUCAUUGCAUCGCGCUUUGCCAGACGUUGUGAAGAGACCACUGCAAGUUAACAAGUCGCUUGCAUGGCUGCAUGCAUGAUUUCAUUUACUCCAGGGUCUAGCCAGUGCAUUCAGCUUUAUUUGCUAACCUGGCAGAAGAUUAUUUAUUAAUGAGUUCUUCAUGCUUUAUUAAGCCUAAUGUCAAAACACCUCCGUGGGACCCUAGCAGGCAUGUUUUCCCUUUGUGGGAAAGACCUUCCAAAGAAAAUGAAAAAUUAUGCAGCAAUGCGCCAGUUAAAACCCAACAGAUAUCAGUUCAAUUUCUCUUGAACCUGUCAGAUGCUAUUUCUGAAUCUUUGGGAAAGAUCUGAAGCGAACGCAGAGAACUGAAAUUAGAGAAUGUCAGUCAUUAGAAUCCCUUCAAAUCAAAGCAAAGCUUCUGUGGCCCCAGGAAACGAGUGGACUCUUUAGCAGGCCAAAGCUAACAAUUUCAGCAGGAGGGGGAAGCACAGAUUCAGUCUUCACGAUAGUAGUGAGAAACUACGGAUUUAGGCAGAUACCGUAAUAAUUUGAGAUUAGUGACAAAGUGAAAUAACCAAGCACGUCUGAGCCAGAAGGGGAACGGGCACAAUUCUAAAACUAUGCUAGGACUUUGCGGGAAGAGCUGGUGGGAAAGGAGAAAAAGCGCCUAUUGCUCGGGCCAAGGAGAACAACCAAAGGGUAGGAUAGCAAAAAACAAAAACAAAAAAAACAAAAACAUGGGUCUAUCAGCUGAGCCUUGUCCUGGUUUCAUGGAGCAGCUGUUUCAACAGAGCCAGAUAGGUUAUAGCAUUGGGGAAAUCCAGGCAACUGGAGAUACCAAAGAGUAGGCGAGUCUGGUAUCAUACUAUGAAGCGUCAGAACAUACCAUCAGUCACUUGUAGGGAGAACCAGAAAAGGAGCCAACUGGGAUUCAGGGUUCCAGGCAAGAAGAUUGGAUUUCUCUGUCCUGAGUUUCUUAACAGAAAACUACAAGACAGAAACCCUGGUGUUAAGAGAGGUAGGGAGUAAUUACUUUCGCUCAGCGAUCUGUGCACAGGGCACAGGACAGAUGAAGUCUAUUUUUAGUGAGAUCCGACAACAGCUAGAUGCUGAGACCGAGGCUGUGUCUGCCCUUCCUGCCGGCCACCAAGUAGCCGCGUGCCCUGAUUAGCGCCAGUGAUUUCUGCUCUUCGGGGCAUGGAGAAAAUGGGCUCGGAUACAGUGUCCGCAAAGAGAGCUUUGUGUCUUAUAAUUUUGCAGUCUUGCCCUUCUAAUAACUUAAAGUUGCCAUGGCAGACCGUUCACUAAGUAGAUAAUAAAGACGUUGUUACUAUUCUAAUUGUUUCUGACAUACAGGUAAGUAGUGAUCAUUGAGUUCUUAUCACGUGCUACUGGGAAUAAAAACAUGUCCCACUGACAAAACUUAUGUCCGAGUGAGGAAAUACCCAUGUACAAAUGUAAUGUUAUUAUAUGGUAAAAAAUUGUCAAGGUCAUGAAGGAGAAAGACAGGCUGAGGAACAGUCACAGUUUGGAGGAAGCUAAGGACAUAUGACAACUCAAUGCAGUGUGGGAUCCCGAAUUGGAUUCCGGACUAGAAAAAGUACAUCACUGGAAAAACUGGUGGCAUCCAAAUAAACUCUAGAGUUUAAUUUUAAGUAUCGUACCAGGACUAAUUCCUUCCUUUUGCCAGUGUGGUUACGUGAGAUAUUAAUGUUAGGCGAAUCUGAUUGAAGGAUAUAAUGGGAACUCGCUGCAACUUUUCUAUAAGCCUAGAUUCAUUUCAAAUUAAAAGUUUAAAAAUUGAUACAUCCUAUAGGGAAGGUGCAAAUGCAUACAUGAGAUAAAAAGAUCGUGAAGGGGCACCUGGACAUCCAAGGAUAGGAAAAGGCUAUUUCCAGGGAGAGAACAGGAUGGGUCAAGGCAUGAAAACAGGAAAAGAGAGGGCUCUUCUGGGAAAGAAAAAAAAAAAAAACAAUAUACAAUGAAAGCAUUAUAGCCCACGUGGAAGGCUUGGGAUAUAGUUACAGGCAAAGAAAGAGGCAAGAAGGUGAAUAGAACAUGGAAGAUUAGCAAGGAAAUUGAUUUGCUUGAGUUCAUCACAUGUGAAGUGGGGGGCAGAGAGGGAUUGGGAGGUCGUCAGAGGUAAAAUUGGGAAAGAUUUUGAAUGCCAAGCACUGGCAUUGACCUGCCUCUCCCAUGCCACAAAGUAGCCCUGGGCAUGUGUCAGCUUGUUCCCCAGAGACUGUAAGUACUUUACAACUGGAACCGUGUCUUAUAUUGGGAUAUCUGGGGACAAGUGUAUAGAGGAAAUGUUCUAGGUUGGAAUGUUGCAAAGGAAAGGGAGGAAGCUGCCAAGAGAGCCUGAACCUGCAGGCCAGAAGACAAAUGCCUGGGAGAAGAGCAAAGAGGGCAUAACAACUAACGUGAAGGCUCUACGACCCACUGCGGUGGGCAAGUGAAGGGAGUUAAAACACAAGGCAAUGUAUUUAGAGUUAACGACUGUUGCUUAAGUGCUUAGAUAGAGAGAAAAUUGAGUGAGAGUUCUUUGAUGGAAUUGCAAAAGUAAACAUGUCUAAAUCAGAAGUCUACUGAAAUGUUGAAUCAUAUUGGAAACUACGUUUGGAAGCAUUUUUGAUCCAGUUAAUAUACUUGUUAAUAGGAAACCCUAAAGUGCCACCACCGCUUUUGUUUUUCCCACCAGGACUUACAGCGUUUAGAUAUUGGUGUUGUGAUUGUAGGGUUCAAGAGGAGGAGUGGUAGAUGAGAGGAGUGCUCAUUGCUCUGGUACAAUAAAUGGGAAAAGAGCCCUAAAACAUCAACAUCACCACGUACCCCCGCACAUCCUAACCCAAUGCCAGGACUCCCCACAGGGAAGAGCCAGUAGGGGUUUGGAAUAUCCACCCUGACCGUGACCACAACUUUGCAGAAGGCCGGGCCUGCUCUCAUUGAAAUCACCUCUGUGGUUCCUGGAGGCAAGAGUCCUACUAACUGUCUAACUCGUACAGAGUCCCAGGUAAGCAAACAGCUCACCUGUUAGCAAGCUGAACCUCCAUCAACACAGACCUGUGUGAUCUGGGAUCAGUGAGAGGCAGUUACAGACCAUACCCACAGCCAUGCCUGAAAUACAGAAUUCCGGGUGCCUGUUCUCACAUCAAGUCACUCCCGAGCAUGACCGUAUGUCUCUCUAACGUAUUUCCCUUAAGGAUGCAAAACAGUGCAGGGGAUAUAACCUAUGCACAUGUCACGUGAGGGUGCUUUUUCCUCCCAUUCAUUAUGUUUUAGACAUUAGCAAUCACCUUACAUGAUCUUUCAACAAUCCCAAAGCCUCUGAGCACUCCGAGUCUAUUUUGGAUUCUAUUUGAUUCUUCUGGCUUGGCCUGUUGUGCCAAGUAUUUUCUGUGCCACUACAGUGUCAUAAAUGGAAAUAGCUUUUUGGUCCUUCUGUGUAAUCCAGAAAUGAAGCUAGUUUUUAACACGUUUCCUCCUGACAUAUAUAAAGUUAAACACUUGUCUUGGAAAAUGAAGUCUCUAUUUUCACGGAAUGUGGCAUAAUAUUAAGAAAUAUAUUCAUGAGACUCAUAAAAAAUUCCAGAAGUUAAUAGAAAGGAAGCUUACUUAGAUGGGCAUCAUAUAAAAUGUUCGUAAAAUGGUAUCUGUAAUUUUAUUAUAGUGAAGGUUGCUUCUACAACUGGUCUUAGAAACCAGUGACAUCCUGGAAAUCAAAUCUGCAGAUGGUAUGAAAAUCCGAGGAAUACCACAUACCGUGGAAGCUAGCAUCAAGACUUAGAUCUGCAUUGGCUACAGCGCUGAGCCAAAUCUGGGGCAAUAAAAUGAAAUGAGAAUAAAUGAAAAGUUGCAUCCUCCAGUCAAAAGGAAAAAAAAAAAGUGCAUUGGGAAGAACCUGGAAGAACCACACAUUAAAGAUUCUAGCAUUCAUUCAAUUAUUAACAGUAUGAGUUAGUGAGAUGAUGUCACUGCCCCAAGGAUCUGAGAGGACCUUAGAUUCAAUUUGUAGGAAGAACAUUUCCAGAGCAGAGAGGAUGACGGUUUCUCCUGCUGUAGAUUGAGCAUCCCCACAGCCAUGCUGAGGCCAUAUCGCAGGAUACUGUGAGAGGUGUAGUCUAACCGGACCAGAGACAAUAUGUGUUGGGAGUAGGGCACCUACAACUGUAAAAGGCUAAUAAGGAGCACCCUGCAGGGAUGAGAAUGUUUGACUGAGAGAAAAUAAGAUAUAGUGAAAUAUAGCGGAGGACUGAAAACCGCCUUCAAUAUUGGCAGGCCGCCAUGGGGAGCACGGAGGAGAAGCACAGGACAGAACAAGGGGAAAAGAGUAGCUGACACAAGUGCCAUCAAGCAGGGAACAAGCCAAAAGGACAGACAGUAGGUGAGAAGACACCAUGGAAUGUCCACCAACCAGAUAAGCAUCGCUGGAUCAUUGAGAAGUGUCUGAAUGUAGGCUGCAGAAGUCCUGAAGGUUGAUGGAGGGCCAUGCUAUUCAAACAGCAGGCGUGGCUGAGACAGAAGCUCCUGGUGCUGGGAAGCCUUGCCGUUGGGAGUCUCCUGUAUCUAGUCGCCAGAGUUGGGAGCUUGGAUAGGCUACAACCCAUUUGCCCCAUCGAAGGACGAUUCGGAGCCCGCAGCCAGGCCGAAUUCCCUCUCCGCGCCCUGCAGUUUAAGCGGGGCCUGCUGCACGAGUUCCGGAAGGGCAAUACUUCCAAGGAGCAAGUUCGCCUUCAUGACCUGGUCCAGCAGCUCCCCAGGGCCAUUAUCAUUGGGGUGAGGAAAGGAGGCACAAGGGCCCUGCUUGAGAUGCUGAACCUCCAUCCAGCGGUGGUCAAAGCCUCUCAAGAAAUCCACUUCUUUGACAAUGAUGAGAAUUAUGCCAAGGGAAUUGAGUGGUAUAGGAAAAAGAUGCCUUUUUCCUACCCGCAGCAAAUCACAAUUGAAAAGAGCCCAGCAUAUUUUAUCACGGAGGAGGUUCCGGAAAGGAUUUACAAAAUGAACUCAUCCAUCAAGUUGUUGAUCAUUGUCAGGGAGCCAACCACAAGAGCUAUUUCUGAUUACACUCAGGUGCUAGAGGGGAAGGAGAGGAAGAAUAAAACUUACUACAAGUUUGAGAAGCUGGCAAUAGACCCAAAUACCUGCGAAGUGAACACAAAAUACAAGGCGGUAAGAACCAGCAUCUACACCAAACAUCUGGAAAGGUGGUUAAAAUACUUUCCGAUUGAGCAAUUUCACAUUGUGGACGGAGAUCGCCUCAUCACGGAACCUCUGCCAGAACUUCAGCUUGUGGAGAAGUUCCUAAAUCUUCCCCCGAGGAUAAGUCAAUACAAUUUAUAUUUCAAUGCUACCAGAGGGUUUUACUGCUUGCGAUUUAACAUUAUCUUUAAUAAGUGCCUGGCGGGCAGCAAGGGACGCAUUCAUCCAGAGGUGGACCCCUCUGUCAUUACCAAAUUGCGCAAAUUUUUUCACCCUUUCAAUCAAAAGUUUUACCAGAUCACUGGGAGGACAUUGAACUGGCCCUAAAAUAAUAAGUCAUAUAACACUAUGUGUUGUGGCUGGAGACUCACAAUGUCUCCCCUAGAUUAAAAAUAUGCACUUUUCUUAGACACAGCUAUCCGAGUCAUUUUUCCAUGUAUACUUGUACAUACGCAGUGUGUGACCAAAUAUAAGAUCAAUUCUUUUUCUAUUGAAAAUUGACAAAAAAAAAGCAAACAAAACAACAGUUUGCCGUCUGAGUAGUUGCAUCUUUUAAGCUAUUGACGAAAAGAAAAGAUGGUGGUAUUGGGGGACAGUGACUUCAGCUAUCCUCAAAGAGUUAGUCUUCCUUUGAGUCAGAAUUUGCCGCCCACCAUUUUCAUAGGUUUAAGCCAAAAGAUUAUGUGUGAAAACGCACCAGUGGCUGCGAAGCUUCAGGAGGUAGAGGAUUCAGUUAUGCAUUCUUUUCUAAGGGAAAGCUGGCUCUUUAAUUCAGAGACUGAAUUGGUGCCAUGAAAACAGAAAAUACUAUUUUCUUAUUAUUUCAAAGAAUGUCUUGUCUCAUAAACUUGACACUGUUCCAAAGUUCCUGUGGUGAUUUUGCACUAUUGUUUUCUCGUAGAGACCAUGGUGUCUGUCACACGUGGCAUGUCAAUCACACAUUUGAAAGUUAAGUCCUUUCACUUCCAUGUCCUACGUCCACAAAGAGAAAUGCCAUGUACAUACUGUAUAUUGUUGUAAAUACUGGUUUCACACUAAGUAAUUCUAUUUUGUAAACUGAAUAUGGCUAUUUAAUUUAUUGUGAAAAUUAAAUUUAUUGUGGUAUUUAAAAAUGGAAUGGAUUAAAAUUACUCUAUGUGCAACCUUUUUAUUCCCCCCCCUCAUUUUGUUUUACGUGCCCCCUGCUGGCUCCCCAAAUCAAGGCUGUUUGUGUGCACGCCAACGGGCUUGGAAAGAUGCGCUGCUCAGUUAGAUUUCUGUACCCUUGUGAAAAUGCUUUUAUGGAGCGGGGUUGAGGAUCUUAAAGAAAACAUCUCAGCCAUCUGGAAAUCUAGUAAUACAGCCACCUCUACUCCUGCUGCAACUUUGUAACAAUUAAUUUACUUGCAAUUUUACCACUGUGCCGGGAGAGAGACAGAAAUACUUUAACGUAAUCAAGGCAUAGAAGAAUCACAAUUUCAUUUGAACCUCUAAUCAGAGUCAGACCAGUAGAGAAAUUAAAUAAGAUCAGAAAACUUGUGUGGCCUCUGUACUGAAAGCUGCUGAUGCUUCAAAAAUGAAUACAAACUCCCCCCCCCCAAAAAGGAAUACAAACUCUCAGAACUCCCUCUUUGAGAUGAAAAUAUAUCAGUCUCCUCAGAAACGAUCAAAUGCGUACUGUUGCUCUUACUAACAUAAACAUAUGGCUCAUAUUUCCAGCCAGAGAAAUUAAUGCUAAAUUGGGUGCUUGCUAACAUCAGAUACAUUGUACCGUGCUUAAAUAUAAUUCAGAAAACCAUGGAAAGAGGUAUCAACCACAAGAACAAAAAGAGGGAUUUUUCACGAUCAUAGCUGCUCAUCCGGUAGAAAAUGUUUAGGAGAGUUUUACUCCACAUCACAUUGAGAGUGCCUAGAGAAAUCAGCAAAUUACCAUGGGUUCCCUUUGGAUUGUAAUAAGCGUUGAUUUUCUCCAUGAGUUGUUUAUUCUGUCCAGUGAUUUGAUGGUGAACUUGCCUAAAUAAAUAGCCCUUUCCCCUCUGGUGUUGGUAUAUAUUGCUUCUCAAGCUACAGCCUUAGUAAUCAUCUCUACUGUUUCAAUUAGCAAUGAUGCCGUUCUCUCAGCAUGGGAUGGACGUGACUCCAGCCCACGCUGACAGGCCAGCUUCCCACUCACUGCGCAGCGACUCUGGAGAGCGUCUCGGGUCUCAAUUCCAAUCCCUUCUCCCUUAAGCUGUGAAUGAAAUCAAACAUACGGAAUGUAGCAUUUGAUUUCCUUGUGCCUCAACUCUCAGCUAACCAUCAGAGUAAACUCCGAAUGAUACGUUCAAGGUCAUAAUUACAUGCUAUCAUUAAUUCUAUUGUAACUCUUUCUAGAAUACUGCAGCUAAUACAGUUUUAUACCAGAACUAUCAAAGUAUACCCCAGUGGAACAGUGAUGUUUCAAAAUCUUAGCCGAGGUAUUCCACCAAUAAAAUUGAAAAACAGCAAUCUUGGGGUAACUGAGUGGCUCAGUUGGUUAAGGGUCUGACUCUUAGUUUCAGCUCAGGCCAUGGUCUCACGGUUUGUGGGUUUGAGCCCAAAUAAAUAAAUAAACUAUAAAAAAGUUAAGAGAAAAACAGCAAUUUUUUCCUAGAUAAACAGAGGAAUUUUUUUUUAAAUAAUGAAUAGAAAUUUAUCAGUGAUAAAUUUUUUUAUUAAAAUGUUUUUAAUGUUUAUUUAUUUUUGAGGGAGAGAGAGUGUACAAGCAGGGGAGGGGCAGAGGGAGAGGGAGACACAGAAUCUGAAGCAGGCUCCAGGCUCCGAGCUGUCCGCACAGAGUCCGACGCGGGGCUGGAACUCACAAACCGUGACAUCAUGACCUGAGUCAAAGUCGGACGCUUAACUGAGCCACCCAGGAGUCCCCCAAGUUUUUCUUAAUUUUUGCUAAUGCUACCAAUAAUAUAUAUUAGAGUUUAUUCUGAGAUUCUAUUUGGCUUAUACUGACUCUUCUAAUUUGUUAUUUUUGGCUCCAUAAGCCAUUGUUUCUUCUUCACUCUCAGCAAAAAAAAGUUCUGUGAUUUCCAAUUGUUUCGCUUUCUAAGUAACUUUGAGAAUUGUUUUCAACCUUGGAGCCUCCCCACAGAGACCUAAAGCAGGAGGCCUGGCCUGGGAAGAUGUUUUGGAGGUAGGUUUCAUUUCCCUGAAAGAAAGAAAAAAAACAGCCACAGCCACUGCUGGUUGAGCAACAUAGAAGUAAUCCCAUAACUUCAUUGCAUACUUCCGCUGGAGGCUUUAAACCUCCUUGUUUAGGAAAAUGUUUCCUGUUGUCAUCAAACAGGCAACAGAUCUCUAGAGAAAUCCUCUAGAUUUACGUUAGCUCCACCAGGGUUCUCUCUAAUAAGUUACUCCUUUUACAUCGUGAAAUCUUUGCAUUCCUCCUGGAGGCUUGGUGGCACCAUACAGCUUUGUGAAACAGUUCUAGCUGCAAAGAGCAAAAAAAAUCUAAGCAACGGUGAAGUUUCUGAUGGACCGAAAGGCUGAAAUAACACCAUUUUGGAAGCUAAGGAAUUGCAAUUACAAGUAUACAAACUAGAACUGGAGUCCUGAGACAUCAGAGAGAAAAAGAGACCUACCGUAACCCCCUGGACACACAGCCCCAGUUCAAGUGCAUCACCUAGUCACCUGAAAUCACCUCACAGAAGCACUUUUCCUAUCAACUGCACUGUCGUAUAGGAAACCUCUAAGACAUUAGGGCCUGUGCUCAUGGAUGAUAAAGCAAUGGCAUGUAAACCAGCAUAAUCACAUCUGAUCUUAGAUUUGGCACCUUUUAUGUUGAAGGACCAGCAAGAACAGUCACUAAUUGCCACUAAG